AUGCAAAAUCUUACAACUUGUGAGGAUCCUGGUAUUCCUGCAAACGGCAAGCGAAGAGUUGUCUCUUUCGCUCACAGCCAGGUUGCAACAUUUGGCUGCAACGAAGGCUACGAACAAGUGGGUACGCAUUUGAGAAAGUGCUUGAUGUCAAAUUCUGGCAAAACGUAUUGGAGUGGAUUCCCAACAGUUUGUAAAGAUCUAUUUAAGAAUCCUUCUCAACUGGCAGGUCAGUUCAGAGAACGGUUUUUGGAUCGAACUCUCAAAUGCAACGACAAGAAGAACUCAUCCAUAGAGUCUUUUCAAGCUAGUAGCAACGCAACCAAAAGCCUCAACGGAGGCUUGUGCAGAGGACGUUCUGUGGUCGUUGGUGAGGGAUGCGUUGAUCUCAUCUUCGCCAUUGAUUGCUCUAAAAGCAUAUCUGAACAUAACUUCAAAUUGAGUCUUGCAUUUGCUGCUCAAGUUGUAGCACAGUUUAGCAUCUCAGCGGGUCAGGCUAGAGUGGCUUUGCUUACUUACGAUCACAGGAUACAUCUUAACUUUAACUUGGGAGAUAAAAAGACGACAGAAGAGACGGUUGAGGCCAUUAAAAGUGCCGGCUACUGUGGUGGCGCAAUGGCAACUGCUCCAGUUUUGAAAUUCAUUCGCACAAAAAUCUUGCCUAAGAGCAGACUCAAUUGCAAUAGGUUGAUUUUUCUACUGACUGGUGGGAAGAAUAAUUGGUCAGGAGAUCCUAUUGAUGAGGCGGAGCAGAUUAAGAACAUUACUGAUACUGAAAUAUACACGAUCUCUUACGGAGACAGCGAUUUGCACUGGGAUGUCUUAAGCCGUCUUGCUUCAAAGAAAGAGUACUUUUUUGCCGUCAGAGAACCAGUGAUUCUGAACGAACUUAUCAAGAAGUCAUUUACUUUAAAAUUGAAUUACUCUGAGCAGUGUGGUACAACCAGCGCUCCUGACUGCAGGGCACGCGUCUUUGGCGGUUGCCAUUCGUCCAGAGGAUCUUGGCCGUUUCUUGUCUCGAUCUACACUCGUCAUAAUGGAACUUGGAUAAUCACGUGUGGUGGAACAAUAAUAAAUGACUGCUGGAUUAUGUCCGCCGCUCACUGUUUUUAUCACUUACAAGGCAUAAGCAAUGACGACAUUCGAGUGGUAACCGGAGACUCUCAAAGGUACGUAGAUGAAGCGACUGAAACAACGUACAAUGUUUGUGGUAUCAAACUACACAAGGGCUUCAAUCGCUUUACAUUCGCAAAUGACAUUAUGCUACUGAAGCUCUGCUGCAAAGUUGAGUUUUCACACUUUGUCAGAAAAGGUUGUCUACCUCAGGCAGGAGACGAGCUCUACUACAGAGCGGGCGCUCAGUGUGUUGUAGCAGGAUGGGGAGGCACGGUACAAAAGAAUGGAACUGGAGUCUUCAGUCUGAGACCAUCUACUAGUCUUAAACAAGCCAAUCUUCCUGUCGCCGACAUCGAAAUUUGUAAAAGGUCGACCAGAUAUCCAGUGGCGGAAACCUCGUUUUGUGCCGGUGACGGUACGGGACAGGCAGGACCUUGCAGGGGAGACAGCGGUGGACCCAUCUUUUGCAUGAGAAAGGAUUCAGACACUUACGUUGUUACUGGGAUUGUCAGCUGGGGUGUUGGAUGCGGUCAAGCAGGACAAUACGGGUUCUAUACAGACCUCCGGAAGUUGAGGCAAUGGAUUGAAGACAACGUCGAGGGUUGCUCUAGUGAUCCUUGCCCAGACUCAGGCGUGAACUUUCGGUUUUGCUCUAUGUCGCUGGUUUUCUUUUGCAUUGCUCUUCUGAUGACAUCAACGGCGUCGCUAGACGAAUGUUCCAUGCAGCAGUGCAGCUCAGCUUGCAGCUGCAAUAGGUACGUGCAGUGCGGUGGCAAAAUUACGGGAUCAAGCCAAAAUAUGUCGCUUCCUGCUGCUAGCGGCCGUUACAGAAAAUGCAUUCAUUGUACUUGGAAUAUGCGCGUUCGUCAACAAGACACGGUUCGGUUGCAUUUUGAGCAGUUUGAUCUCGGAGAAGGAGACUGGGUAAAGGUCUAUGACGGGUCCAAGUCAAAAGUAUCUGAAAUAAUCAGGUGGGACUCUUACGCCUCUCCUGUUGACGUCGUGUCGUCUGGACACAAAAUGGUAGUGGAGUUCAGGUCAAACGCAUGUGGGGAGAAGUCAGGAAUUCACGCAGUAAUGGAAAUAAACACAUGUGGCUCAUUAAUUCAACUGCCCAGCUCAGGAAAACGGAUCAUUCGUUCGCCCAAAUAUCCUCGUUUGUACCCAAGCAAUGCAGACUGUUUAUGGACGGUUGUAGGCAAACAAGAUUUGCUAUCAGCCGAGGUCAACAUAAUUGCCUUGAAAACCGAAGGAAACAAGGAUAUCGUUACGAUUAGAGAUACUCUUGGACAAGAAAAUGGGAAUGUCACAGAACACUCUGGAACAAUUGAGUCCGUAGUUUUCAACGUGACAAAUUCACCGGGAAUCUCAGUUGCUUUUCGGUCUGACGUCAGUGUUAAUAACGUUGGAUUCAAGAUAGCCAUAUCAAUCCGUUCUGAUGUUUCGAUCUGUAAAAGACCUAGCAGUGUAGCGAAUGGAAGGGUGAGGUGGACUGAUUUCCGCCGGAGAGCCAUACAUUCCUGUUGUCCCGGAUAUGUCGCAAUUGGUACUACUGCAACCCAAACUUGCGUCGGCAGUCGCUGGACUCCAUCAGACACAAUCACAUGCAAACGCGUGACAUCAUGUCCUCGAUUGCUUCCUCCAAACAACGGCAUCAUAGUUGGAGGAAACUCUCCUCCUACUCACGUUGGAGCGACAGGUAUUGAGUUCCAGUGUAACUUGGGCCACGAAUUUGAAGGAUCAGGAGUUUCCACAGUUCGUGCUGUGUGCAAAUGCACGGGAGAAUGGCAUUACACGCCUGUCAAACCAUACUGCAAACUUUUUCAGUGUGGACCUCUUCCUCCAUCACCUCAGCCGGGAGGAUUUGUUCAAGUCAAAGGUCCACUCGUUUUGGGAACUGUGGGUACAUACAAAUGCCCAAAAGGAUUUGGUUUGGAUGGAAUUCCAACUGUCGUUUGUCAAGAGGAUGGCUCUUGGCACCCUGUAAGGAAAAGUCAUCAUGCGCACCGAUGCGUAGAAGGUCUGACAACUUGCGACGAUCCUGGUAUUCCUGGAAACGGCACGCGGAGAGUUUUUUCUUUCGCUCACGGUGCGGCUGCAUCAUUUGGCUGUCACGAAGGCUACCGGCAAGUCGGUUCUCAUUUGAGGACAUGCGUCGCAUCAAAUUCUAGUAACACACACUGGGAUGGAGAUCAAACAGUUUGCAUUGAUCAAUUUAAGAAUCCUUCUCAACUGGCAGGUCAGUUCAGAGAAGGUUUCUUGGAUCGAACUGUCAAAUGCAAUGGCAAGAAGAACUCUUCCAUAGAGUCUUCUCAAGCUAUUUGCAACGCAACCAAAAACUCCAACGGAAGUUUGUGCAGGGGACGUUCAGUGGUCGUUGGUGAGGGAUGCGUGGAUCUCAUCUUCGCCAUUGAUUGCUCCAAAAGCAUAUCUGAACAUAACUUCAACUUGAGUCUUGCAUUUGCUGCUCGAUCUGUCGCACUGUUUGACAUUGCAGCGGGUCAGGCCAGAGUGGCUUUGCUGUCUUACGAUCAUAAGAGACAUCCACACUUUAACUUGGGAGAUAAAAAGACGACACAAGAGACAGUGGAGGCCAUUCAAAAUGCCAGCUACUGUGGUGGCGCCACCGCAACUGGUCCGGUUUUGAACUACAUUCGUACGCGCAUCUUGCCUAAAAGCAAACCCAAUUGCAAAAGAGCGAUUUUCCUACUGACUGAUGGGAAGAACAAUUGGGCAGGGGAUCCUAGUGAAGAGGCGGAGCAGCUCAAGAACAUUAAUGGUACUGAAAUAUACACGAUCGCUUACGGAGAGAGUGAUUUGAACUGGAAUGUCUUAAGCCGUCUUGCUUCAAAAAAAGAGUACUUCUUUGCUGUCAGAGAACCAGUGAUUCUGAACGAACUUAUCAAGAAGUCAUUCACUUUAAAAUUGAACUACUCUGAGCAGUGCGGUACAACGAGCGCUCCUGACUGCAGGGCACGCGUCUUUGGCGGUUGCAUUUCACUCAGAGGAGCUUGGCCGUUUCUUGCCUCGAUCUACAUUCGUCAAAAUGGAGUUUUCAUAUUUAUAUGUGGUGGAAUAAUAAUAAAUGACUGCUGGAUAUUGUCCGCUGCUCACUGUCUUGAAAACUUACCAAAUUUAAAAAAUUUGGACAUAUUUGUUGUAACUGGAAAUACUCAAAGGUUUGUAGAUGAAGCGACUGAAACAACGUAUAAAGUUUGUGAAAUCAAAUUGCAUACGGGCUACAAUAGCAAUACAUUAGCCAACGACAUUAUGCUACUGAAGCUCUGCUGCAAGCUUGAGUACACAAAUUUUGUAAGAAAAGCUUGUCUACCUCAGGCAGGAGACGAGAUCUACUACAGGCCGGGCGCUCAGUGUAUUGUAGCUGGAUGGGGAAACACAAAACAAAGAAACGAAAACGACGACCUAGAUGAUAAACCAUCUACUAGUCUUAAACAAGCCACUCUUUCUGUCGCCGACAUCGAAGUUUGUAAAAAGUCGACCAGAUUUCCCGUGGCGCCAACCACAUUCUGCGCCGGUGACGGUACGGGAAACGUAGGAGCUUGCAGGGGCGACAGCGGAGGGGCUAUCUUUUGCAAAAGACAGGAUUCAGACACGUAUGUUGUUAUUGGGAUUGUCAGCUGGGGUGUUGGAUGCGGUCAGGUAGGACAAUACGGGUUCUACACAGACGUCUGGAAGCUGAGGCAAUGGAUUGAAGACAACGUCGAGGAGUGCUCUGAUGAUCCUUGCCCAGACUUAGGCGUACACAUUGUCUAGUAAUGGCGCUUUUAGACAUUGCCUGUUUAUUGCAAUGUCUAUUUGACGAAGACGCGAUAACGUAGCUAAAACAUGUAGGCGACAUGCGUUUACACAGUGAAAGUCAUGUAUACCGUAUACGCAACAAAACUUACAACAGGUAGAUUUUUGGUCAAAAGGACUGACGUAGUAUACCGCAAGUAACUCGA